AGCAUUUUCUCCCAUCUUCUUCUUUCUUCUCUUUCAUUUUUCUCAUCCCUUAUCCAAAUUCACUUUUCUUUUUCAACUCUCUUCCUUUACUCCACUCAUAUAUUUCACUUUCUCAUCUUAAUCUUCUCUUUGCUCUUCUCUCCUUUCCUCUUCCUUUUCCUUUUCCAUUUCAUCUUCAUUUCUCCUACUUUCCUUCUUGCUUUUCCCUUGUUCUCUCCAUUCCUCUUCCUUUUCCUCUUUCUCUUCCUUUAAUAUGUUACUUGAAAUAAGAGGAGUAAUCCCGUGACUUAGCCAUUGUUGGCCAAAGCCGUGGGUCUCCAUUGCUUGUUCGGGAAAUUGGAAUGAAUUUUGGUAGCUUUAAGCUGUAUUUUUAAAUGUGGUUUAAGUAGAAAAUUAGCUUAAUUUGAUUGUUGUGAGGUUAAUUGUGUGAAAUCCCCGUGAAUUAGCUAUGUUUUGCUAAUUUGGGAGUUGAAGUUACUGUUCACCGGGUACUGUUCACGGGUAGUUCAUAGGCACUGUUCACACACCGAAGGCUAAUGAUUAACAGGGAUUUAAAGGUUUAGUUUGUGAUAUAAGAAUAAAUUUGGAGAUGUCCGGUUAUGUGGAGAUUGAUAGAAAUAACACUAUGAUUAGGGGUUUUGAUCGUUCUAUCACCGUGGCACUUGGGUUAGCCUUUUGUUCUGUGCGAGUGAGGUAAGUAAAUUAUGGUAAAGCCCUUCGAUUUUAAAGCAUGUUUUAAACUGUUUUUGAGGUGGUGGCAAGGUUUUAAUUGAUUUUAAAUUGAUUUUACCAGCACUUGAGUGUGAUUAACUGAAAUGGAAAUUGUGAUGGGUUUUAUGAGAAUUUCACUGUUUUUCUGGAAUUGAGCAUGAUUGGGGUGAAAAUGGGAAUUUCACUGUUUUUCUGGAAUUGAGCAUGAUUGAAAUGAAAAGUGAGAAUUUCAUUGUUUUUCUGGAGUUAUUGCACCGAGCUUGAUUGGUUUGAAAUGAAACUGUUUUCAUUGGUAUUGAGUAGAGCAUGCCUAUUUGGAAUUGACUGAACUAUUUUGAUGAACUGAGAGUUUACAAAUUCUGAGUUUUCUGAUAAAUCCAUGCCCACAUGAAUUUUUCUGGUUAUUUCUGAAAUUGGGAUUGAUUGUGAAAUUCGGGUUCUCUGUAAACUCUGCAUGGUUUUGUCUCAGAUAUAGUCAUGAUUACUGAUUACUGUGCCCGCUAGUGGGAGGUUUAUAAACGCUAACACAUGUCGACAUGUUUACUGAUAUGACCGGUCCAUUCUGUAACCCUACCAAUGGGGGUUAAACAUUGGUAAUUACUGUCGCCUGCCAGUGGGAGUUGUAAACACUGGCACCAUUACUGACGCCUGCCAGUGGGAGUUGUUAAACACUGGCACUUCUGUAACCUUGCCUAUGGGGUUAAACAUUGGCAACUACUGUGCCUGCCAGUGGGAGGUUCAUAAACGCUGGCUAUGACUUAUAGAUGAGACUACUGAACUGAGUUUUAUUCUGUAUGAACGAUUUGUCACGAAGGGUUUGAUAUUGAAAUGAAUCUGAUUCUGUUUU